AUCAACUAGCUGAGGACUGUGUAUUUUAACUCACCGUUUGUAGCUAUGUUGAGUUUCUUCGUCAUUACUUUUCUUUGCAUUAGUCGCGUGUCCACCUCGGAUACUAAAGACUCACAGAAUGAGUUCAGACCCGGUGAGAGUUUUCUCAUGUCGGUUUGGCACAACAGGCUGUACCUGUAUUCAGCUGCUGCUCUCCUUUUCGGGAUCUGGUUCUCCCUGAAGGUGGCUCUAAAGAAGAAAAGCUUCUCCAAAGAUGUCGGCCCGUGGGUCUAUAAAGCUGUGAAAAGCAAUGACAGCCACAGAGAUGCUGUGGUUCAUGUGUCAGAAGUUAAAAUCUUCUACGGAUCUCAAACUGGAACAGCAAAGGGCUUUGCAAAUACGCUGUCAGAGGAAGUGAAGAGUUUGGGUAUCCCAGCAGAGGUGAUUGACAUGAAAGACUAUGAUCCAGACGAUCAACUUGCUGAUGAGUGCACCAACAAGUCCGUCUGUGUGUUUCUCGUGGCCACCUACACUGACGGACAGCCCACAGAGAACGCUGAGUGGUUCUGCAAGUGGCUGGAGGAGGCGUCCACUGACUUCAGAUACGGGAAGACAUACCUCAGAGGCCUCAGAUAUGCAGUGUUCGGUCUUGGCAACUCCGUUUAUGUCGGCCACUAUAACACGGUUGGUAAAAAUGUGGACAAGUGGCUCUGGAUGCUGAGCGGCAUGCGGAUCAUGACCAGAGGAGAGGGCGACUGUAAUGUGGUGAAGAGCCGUAAUGGCAGCAUCCAGGCAGACUUCCUGGCCUGGAAGGUGAAGUUCCUGAUCCGUCUGCAGGCUCUGGCCAAGGGGGAGAAGAAGAGCUGCAGCGGGAACUGUAAGACCAGAGGCUCCUGUAAGAACAAGAGGAAGGACAGACCACAGGAGGGGGGGGAGGAGGAGGAGGAGGAGAAGAAGGCAGCUCCGCAGAGCCACAGCUCGGAGGAGGAUCUGAUGGAGUCCAGCAGUGAUGAGGAGGAGUCCGGCCUCCAAGAUGAGAAAAAAUCCGGUUCAGUGGUCGACGUGGAGGAUCUGGGCAACAUCAUGAACAGUGUCAAGAAAGCAAAGAACAAAGAGGAGGGCGGAGGAGACAGCCAGAUGGUGAAGCUGUCCAAGCUGAACGGAGUGAAGAAGAUUGAAGAUGAAGGGGAGAGAAGAGAGAUGAUCACCCCUGCCCUCAGGGCAGCUCUGACAAAGCAAGGAUACAAACUGAUUGGAAGCCACUCAGGAGUGAAGCUCUGUCGAUGGACCAAGUCGAUGUUGCGAGGGAGAGGAGGCUGUUACAAGCACACAUUCUAUGGUAUUGAGUCCCACCGCUGCAUGGAGACGACCCCCAGCCUGGCCUGUGCCAACAAGUGUGUCUUCUGCUGGAGACACCACACCAACCCAGUGGGCACAGAGUGGCGCUGGAAGAUGGACCCUGCUGAGAAGAUUCUGCAGGAUUCACUGGAGAAGCACCAGAGCAUGAUUCGACAGUUCAGAGGCGUCCCUGGAGUGAAGCCCGAGCGCUACGAGGAGGGCCUGGCAGUCAAACACUGUGCCCUCUCCCUGGUGGGUGAGCCAAUCAUGUACCCCGAAAUCAACACCUUCAUCCGCCUCCUGCACUCCCACCACAUCUCCAGCUUCCUGGUCACUAACGCUCAGUUCCCACAGGAGAUCAGGAGCCUUGUACCAGUCACCCAGCUGUAUGUUAGUGUGGACGCCAGCACCAAAGACAGUCUGAAGAAGAUCGACCGACCACUUUUCAAAGACUUCUGGCCCCGUUUCCUGGACAGCCUGAGGGCCCUGGGAGAGAAGAGACAGAGGACGGUGUACAGACUGACGCUGGUGAAGGCCUGGAACGUGGAGGAGAUGCAGGCAUACUCAGAGCUCAUCGCUUUGGGCCAGCCGGACUUCAUUGAGGUCAAGGGAGUGACGUACUGCGGGGAAAGCUCUGCCAGCAGUCUGACCAUGGCUAACGUCCCCUGGCACCAGGAAGUGGUCGCCUUCGUCCAGCAGCUGGCUGACAUGUUGCCUCAGUAUGAGAUCGCCUGCGAGCACGAGCACUCCAACUGUUUGCUCAUCGCACACACCAAGUUUAAGGUGGAUGGCGAGUGGUGGACCUGGAUCGACUACGAGCGUUUCCAGGAGCUGGUCCAGGCUCACGAGAAGAGCGGAGGACAGCAGAGCUUCUCAGCCUUGGACUACAUGGCGAAGACUCCCAGAUGGGCUCUGUUCGGAGCCGAUGAGCAGGGCUUCGACCCCGCAGACACACGGUUCCAACGACGCAACAAAACCAAAGACAUUUCAGGCUGCUGAUAGAUGAGAGAGAGAGAAAGAGAGGUAGGAUGAAUAGAACAAGUUAUCUCCAUAGCAUAAGUUAAUUUAAAAAGUAGGAUUCAUCGUUUUUAUUCCCAUCUUCUUUGAAUUUAAAAAUGUUCUAUGGCUGGACUUUACUGUCCCUAACUGUCCCUAACUGCCCUCAUUCUCAUUUGAACUUCAACUCUUUCUCCCCUCUUUCAUUUUAUUAGUUUGAGCUCCAAGAUGAGCCAAAAACUGUCAGAAUCAAUUACUUCAAGCUCACUCUCCUGACAUUCCCCUUCACAUUCACUUUAAGUGCUUCUUUUGCUUCCUAUAUGCACAUUGAUUUUUGAUACGUCCCUCUUUUUUAUUCUAAAUGUCAAUAGCUUCGAUCUGUAAAACCACCUGGCAGCACUCAGGGAGGUUUACUCUGCUGAAGUUGGACUUGGAAGUGGUUUCAUCAUCAUCAGCUCUGACAUUUGUGUUUAUAAUCCAGUUUCUUGUCAGGCAGUUGUAGCAUCGCCAUAUAAGGAGCAGCUCCUCUCUCGUCAUCAGAGGGAGCGACACUAGGCGGGUUUCCAUUACAGAUUUGCGCAAAACUUAAGCAAAAUUUUUGAAAUGUUGUUAAAACACAAUUGCGAGAUGACUGCUGAGUGAUGUUGUGCAACUUCUCCUCCUGUGAUAAUUUUCAAAGAAGCAUGGUGAUUGGUUUUCAAAACAUGUGCAGGUCUAUUUCUGUUGCAGCCACCACACUAGCCGUCAUUAUUUCCAAUCCAUGGCGACAGGGUUGUUAUUGAGCAAUAAUGGAAAGGCAAACCCCUCAUA